AUGGAGAAAAAUCUCGUUGGAUAUAGGUUCAGUCCUACGGGAGAGGAACUGGUAAACUAUUACCUCAAGAACAAGAUUCUCGAUAAACCAUGGCUCGUCGACGAAGCCAUUAGCGAGAUCAACAUCUAUGCUUACAAACCCGAGCUAUUGCCUUCGUUAUCGAAGCUGGAAUCGAACGAUCUUGAAUGGUACUUCUUCUGUCGAAGGGAGUGCUACGCAAGUGAUAAGAAGAAGGGAACGAAGAGGACAACAUCUUCUGGGUAUUGGAAAGCUACUGGUGUUGAUCGGAAAAUCAGAGAUAAGAGAGGACACGGUGUUGAGAUCGGGAUCAAGAAGACGCUUGUUUACCAUCAAGGUAAAGCGGGUAAUGGAGUUAAGACUCCUUGGGUCAUUCACGAGUAUCACAUCACUUCUUUGCCUCUUAAUCAGAGGAACUAUGUUAUCUGCCAAGUAAAGUACAAGGGCGAAGACGGAGACAGUUUGUACGGUAAUAACUACAAUGAGUCAACUCACUCCAUGGUUUCUGGCUUGAAUACUGUCAGAGAGAUUAACACAGCUCCUGAGGUUGAGCAAUCAAGGCAAGAUAUGUACAUGUCUGUGGAUGAUUUGGCAAUCCCACUGAGCGAGCAGGACGAUCUCUCUUUAUUCGAUCCAGACACGUUGUUUAACGACAACUGCUGCCCUUACCAGCAGCCGCAAGCUCCCUGGGAUGAUGAAUAUAUAAAUGAACUGCUGAGUUUUAACGGAGGGAAUUAUGAUGAUGUACUACGCGAACCAGACCUUACAAUGCAAGAGCACCGCAACGAUCACAGGCCAAAGAAAGCUUUAACAGGGAUCAUUGUUGAUUGUAGCAGUGACAGCGAUGCAGAAUCCAUAUCUGCAACGAGUUACCAAGAAACAUCAAGUCCAGAUAGCUUUUAUAGUUUGAGUGGACAAUUCCACACUAGUGUAGAAGCGAUUCCAUCUUUGAGGAAAGACUCUUUCACAGAUAUACAAUCUCCUCCAGCAACUUUUACCAAUAGAAAGACCCGGAAAUCUCGGCGCAGCAUACCAUCAUUACUAGAGGUGAAAGAAGGUAAGUCUAAAGGCGUUGAAGCAUCCAUGGACAAGAAGAAGUUAUCAUUAUCAUCUAAGGUGAAGACAGAGGAGAAGGGCUGGUUUAUUACAGAGGGAGCAUUGGACAGAAGAAAUCGCAAGAGUCCACGUUGUAUCUAUAUCAUGAACAUGAUCAUAGGCUUCAUCCUCUUGGUUGCUGUUAUUGGCAACAUCGUAUCCGUUUUACUAAGCGUCAAAACUUGAACCUGUUGAUGGAGUUUGACUGCUGAGGAGAGGCAAAGUAGAUAGAUUGAAGCACUCGUUUCUUAAUUGGCUUUUUCCUGAUUCUGUUUUUUGUUUUGUUUUGAAUGUGUAAUAAUAUAUCUGUGUAUGUAUGGGGAAAAGGGCCUAUUGAACCUGAAUUUUUCCAGUCAUAUUUUUUCUUCCUGAAUUUUGUAAUGAUGUGUAUUUCAUAUUGAAUUAAGCAAAAAUUCAAAAAUAUUAUAUCCCCUAUAUAUUAUUUGAGAAUCAUUUAAAAAGUUGUAACCUUAAGUUUGUAAGAAUUAAAAAUAACAUCAAUCCUAUGUGGCAUAGCUCUUUGACCUCUAUUUCAAAUCCCAAGGAUUCUAGAGCAUGUGAUAUAAUGUAUAGUCUAAAAAUUAUAUUCUAUAGCAAUAUAAUAUUUCGUAGACUAUAGUUGGUCGCAUAUAUCAAAUAUUUAUUGUUUCGCAUGCUUUCCUUAAAUAAAACCUACGAAAUUACCUAAUGUGAUUAA